GAAAUGUUUUGGAAAUGUAGUCUUCUUCUAUCUUCCUCUGUAAUGCUCCGUGUAAGGAAAAGUCGGCUGGAUGUGGAGGCUGCUAGUGCUCUAUGUUCCACCCCGCUUGAGGGCCCGCACAUAAGCAGACAGCAUAUUCGCAAAAGGAAGGAAAAAAAUGUUAAGAUAACGUGGGGAUUCUGCAUCUGUUUCAAUCAAGCUUUUGGCAUCAUUAUCCAAAAUAUAUAUUUGAUUUGUUGUUUCAUCUACUUAACUGUAUUAAUUACAGGGUAGGGUAGGGUAAGGUAAGGUAGAGUGGGGUUUGAGCUUAACUGCUCAAGUACUAGCAACUGAACUGAGAGGAGAAGAUCUUGAUUGGGUCCUAUAAAUAUGUGCAAAUACAUGAAUCUCAGACACUGGUUCAUUGCUUGAAGAAGGUGAAAACAAAAAGAGAGUGAAUAUGGUUGGACCAGCAAGGCCACAGUUUGUGCUGUUCGGAUCUUCAAUUGUUCAGUUUAGUUACAGCAACGAUGGCUGGGGUGCUACUCUUGCUGACUUAUAUGCUCGGAAGAAAAUUGGUGAACAGGCUGAUAUAUUGUUGCGAGGAUAUGCUGGAUGGAAUUCAAGACGUGCUGUGCAGGUCCUGGAUAAAGUUUUUCCGAAGGACGCUGCUAUACAACCUUCACUGGUGGUUGUCUAUUUUGGAGGGAAUGAUUCAGUCCACCCCCAUCCAACCGGCCUCGGCCCUCAUGUUCCGCUUCCUGAAUAUAUUGAUAACAUGAGGAAGAUUGCUGUCCAUCUCAAGAGCCUUUCGAAGAAGAUUCGGAUUAUCUUUAUGAGUGCUCCUCCUGUCAAUGAGGUUCAAAUAGCCAAAGACCUGAGUGAUAAAUUUGAUAUGGUUCGGACAAACGAGAGCUGCCGAAUAUAUUCAGAAGCUUGCUUAGAGUUGUGCCAUGAGAUGAACCUGAAGGCGGUUGAUCUUUGGACUGCAAUGCAGCAGAUAGAUGGAUGGCAGAACGUUUGCUUUACGGAUGGAAUCCAUUUUUCAUCUGAGGGGAGCAAGAUUGUAGUAAAAGAGAUAAUGAAGGUCAUUGAAGAGGCAGACUGGGAACCAGAUCUACACUGGAUGGCAAUGCCUACCGAAUUCGCAGAGGAUUCACCAUAUGACCCAAUCAGUCCCAACGGAGUAGCUGCAAAUGUCUCAGAUGAUUGAGCUUAAAUAAGCAUUCUUCAAGUGUUGCUUAUUCUGUGUUAUUCUUUUAUAGCUUAGAAACAAGCAUUUCUAAUCUUUGAAAUGUUAUACAUGGUCGCUUUAGCGUUUUUGGCAUCUUAGACAAUCUGCUAGAAAGGCAAUGAGGCUAAACGAUGUAUAAUAGGACAGCCAAUAAUAAAUCAUCCUCCAAGGUCGACAUAAUAGUCCAUAGAUGUACCUAAAUUCUCAUGGCUACUUACCAUAUUCAUUCUGCGUCUGUAGACUUGUGGUUUGAUUUUGAAAA